GGCCAUCCAAUCCAAUGGUCCACAACAAUUUGGAAACACACAGUCACACACUAACUAAAACAUACAAAUCCAAAAACUCCUCCAUCCCACGUCAUCCCCUUUCCUUCUACACUAAAGAAACGCAAGCCCAGACCAGGAGAUUGACUAUACACACAAAUCACAAACAAAACCACCACAAUCUCUCCCUUUGGAUUUUCAUCGGAUACUUCCCCUCAGUGCCCAGAAAAAACUCUUACACACCUGCACCAGUGUUCCAAACUAUUAUUAAUAGUGCUGGGAUUUCAAAUGGCCUCAACUCUUUCGGUUAGGCCAGACCGAACCAUCCUCGCCGGUAAACCAGCUGCCUCAGGUGGCCUCCAGCCCAGAACCACCACCACUCGUCGACAAUUCCAAUUAUUUAGCUCAUCCCAUUUGAGAGUGAAGAAUUUCGAUCAGCCCUUCCUCUCGUUGCCGGCGAAUCGCAGGCGGCGAUGUUCAUUUGAUGCUCCUCUUGCUGCUUCCAGAGCUGAUGACUCAGCUCCUUUUGAGAUGUCAAUGGAGAAUGCGUUGAAAGUGCUGGGAAUAUCAGAGGGAGCUUCCUUUGAAGAUAUUGUUCGAGCCAAAAAUUCCAUUCUUUCCGCUUGUAAAGAUGACCAAGAAACUAUAGCCAAGGUUGAGGCUGCUUAUGAUACAUUAUUAAUGCAAAGUUUAUCACAGCGAAGAUCGGGAAAAGUAGUAAGUAGCAGCAUUCGCUAUGCCGAUGUUAAACCCGUGAGUCCUCCUAGGACCCGUCCAAUGCCUCAGUGGCUGCAGAACACAGUGAGGAACUCGCCUGUGUCCAUUGAAACACCAUCAACUGGAGAGUUAGGUAUUCAAGCAGGAGUCUAUGGAGCUUUAAUGGUAUUAACCUAUGUGAAUGGAGCUUCAACAUCUGUUGCGGCACCAUAUACUGGAGCAGAUGUGCCUGGUCUUUUACUUGCUACUAGUUUUGGAGCAUCCUUAUACUUCAUAACAAAGAAAAAUGUCAAAUUAGGUGAGGACAUUUCUUUGAGACAUUAUUUAUUGCAUGAUGGUUGUCGUUGUUUUCAUUUUAUUGUUUUUAUAUCUUUUCGUGCAUACUUUCGAAGGGUGAAUGUCAUCUGGUGUCUGUUUGAUAAUCUUUUAUACAGAGCUUACCUGUUUCACUGUUCUACAACUUUUUCCUGAAAGCUUCUGAGUGCACGUCGCCUUUCUGGGAUCUCUGUAGUAUGUUGGUUGCAGGAGUUUCUAGAGCGGAUACACACUAUAUUUGUGUACUUUUCAUGAUUCGAUGAUAUAGUAUCUGUAAGACUGUACACACAUAUUUUCAUGUAUUUGAUGCUUAUUACUCAAUUUCGUAUGGCUUUCAAAAAAGUAAACCUGCUAUCCCACUGUGCUUUUGAAACAUCUGAGGAUUGUUCAUUGUUUGUAAGUGGAGUUUGAACUCAAAAAAGAAAAUAAAGGUAUUGACUUGCUUGUGAUUCUAGCAUCUACCCUCAUCUGUCUUUCUUGAAGUUUUGGUUGCUAAAAAACCCCACAAACGAAAGUUUGAGGUGAUUUUGUUGUGCUGCAGGGAAGGCAACAGUAAUAACAAUUGGAGGGCUUGCGGCUGGCGCCAUGGUUGGCUCAGCAGUUGAGAACUGGUUGCAAGUUGACAUCGUCCCAUUCCUUGGUAUAAACUCUCCUGCCACUGUUGUGAGCGAAUUCAUCCUCCUAUCCCAGUUCCUGUUCUCCUUAUGCUUAAGAUAGGACAAGUCAAUCUUUCAGCGGAUGUUUUAGUUGUAAUUCCCAAGCUUAUUCCUAGUGUCAUCAACUCAUUGCUCCACAUCUAGGAUGUAUUUCCAGAAAAUUGUACAAAUAGAAGAUUAUUUAGAACUUUAUGAUCGGGACUUCUUGUCAUCAAUUAAUUAGUAGGAAUGUACAGCAGCAUUAUACUUCUCAAUACGAUGACUUUUUGGUUGUGCUGGAGUAGCUGCAUUUUGUCAAAUGUGAGAAGCAACCACAACUGAUCAAUCGAUCUCUCACAGCUCCUAGAUGGAAGCAUAUUAUUAGCUUUGCAAUGAAACUUUUGUUGAGCUUGUAAUAGUUGAGAACAUAUUAUUCUUAAUUUGUUAUUAUCAUUAAUUCUCAUUGCUUUCACAUAAAGGGAACAGAAGAUAACUGGGUGAGAGUUUCCUUUGUGCAGUAAGAUAACUAGAUUCCAUUAGGUAUGUUAUCCUCGUAGUGUAACUCAUUAUGACGAGACUUGGAAUAUUUUACACACACACACACACACACACACACACACACACA